AUGCACGACAUCGCUUUCGAUCUACACAAUCCGGGAUGGACACCGGAGGCUAUUGAUCGUUUGGCCGACGCCCUUGUGGAGUAUUCUGACGUGUUCUCUACUUCGAAAACCGAUUUUGGUUCCUGCAACAUAAUGCCGUUCACGCUUUCUGUCCCAGCAGGGACGAAGCCCGUUGCAUCACGCCCGUAUCGUAUCAACCCGUUGAUGCAAAAGAAAGUGGAUGCAGUUUUGGACCAGUAUUUGGCGGCAGGGGUCAUUCAACAUUCCACGUCUCCGUGGGCUUCUCCUUUAGUUGUCAUCCUCAAGAAGGACGGAUCUGUUCGCAUCACCGUUAACUACAAACGUCUCAACGCUCUGGUGGAUUUGGAUGGACAACCUCUCCCUCGAGUGGACGGUAUCUUGGAUUCUCUGUACACCGGGAAAGUGUUCUCCAUCUUCGACCUCAACUCGGCUUUCCACCAGAUCGUUUGUGAUGAAGACACUGUCCCGCUCACCGCCUUUUGCACUCCCACGCAGUUGUUCGAAUGGCUUCGGAUGCCGCAGGGCGCCAACGCAAGUCCGUCUUGGUUCGUCAAGGUCAUCAACAGAGUGGUGCACGGUCUGGAGCGUGUGCUGGCUUAUCUGGACGAUGUCAUCUGUUUCGAUGAGGAACCUCUGGGACACGUGCUGAACUUGAUCGAGUUCUUCAAACGACUGCGACAGUACAACCUCAAACUGUCUCCAGGGAAGGCUCGCGUCGGCGCCACGCACGCCAACUUUCUCGGUCACACCAUCUCUCCGGCAGGUGUUAGCCCUGAUGGCGUUAACGUUAGGGCGCUCACGCACAUGCCGCCGCCGACGAGUCUCGAUGGCUCGGUGAGACCCAUCGUGUACAUCAGCCGCGCUACUCUUCCUGCGGAGCGUAACUGGACCGUUUUGGAUCUGGAGGCUGGUGGCAUUGUUUGGGCCAUCAAACGCCUUCGCGGUUGUCUGUGGUCGACCAAGUUCGCCAUCCAUUCUGACCACAAAGCCUUGGAGAGCAUUGGCAAGGUUGCGGAACACAACGCUAGGGUGCAACGAUGGCUCGAAUUCCUGUCCAACUUCACCUACACCCUGAAAUAUCAGAAAGGUUCGGCAAACGGCAACGCGGAUUUUCUUUCGCGGUUGCCUUUACCAGCACAAGACACUGGCAAAACCGGCCCCGACUGCAUCGAUGGUGUCGAUCAAGCGGGUGGGCCUGGUACGGUCGUCGGCGUCGACUUCUUCGGACCUCUGCCAGUGAUUGCCAAGGGCAACUCCUACGUUUUGUUGUUCACAGACCGUUUCAGUCGGAGAGCCGACAUGUUCGCAGUUUCAGCGGGGGAAUUUACGGCGAAAGGGACGCCUCACAGCUUUGUCAACCAAUACAUGACCAAGUGGGGAUGUCCGACUACGUUAUUGUCGGACAAGGGACUGCAUUAUCUGCUCGAAGCUCUCCAUGGCGAUCUACGAGGUGGUCAUCAAAGCUUGGCCCGCGAUCAACUCGAGCAUUGCAACCUGGCUGUCGAUCGCCAGCGCCGGGCCUACAAACUUGACCGUGAGUACAACGCCCUGAAGAUUUCGCGCGUCGAACGCCGCAAUUCAUCCCUGCUGGACGCCAUUCACAAGCUCCCUCAGUUGACCGUUGGCGGGUGGGCUUGGGUGUACAACACGGCUGCUACGAUUCGACAGGGUGUGCAGAAGAACACGGACCAACGGGUGCUCAAGGCCAAAUUCGCACUUUCCUGGACGGGGCCCUACCAAGUUCUUGCGGUGCGUCCCGCUUCUGCCGACGCCACUCCGGACGGCAGCCCGUUGGCGCGUAAACUCCUCUACCUGGACCUGCCUUCCGAUAUUUGCGGCCCAGCAGGUCGAUGUUGCGUGUCUGUCCUUCGUUGCAAGCCCUGUCGCAAUCCGCACGAGACGGACGACAUGCCGCAAUCUCUACCCGCAGAGCUUUCGCGUUAUGUUCUGCACCCUUUGGAAGAUAAAUGCNCCGGACGGCAGCCCGUUGGCGCGUAA